UAUCAAUUACACAGUAAUUCUUCUAAAUCUAAUAUAAUGUACGACACUGAAGAUGACCAGUUCGAGGAGGAAGAUAACGAGGAAAUUUCAUCGGAACUCUGGCAAGAAGCUUGUUGGAUUGUUAUCAACGCUUAUUUUGAUGAAAAAGGCUUAGUACGCCAACAACUGGACAGUUUCGAUGAGUUUAUACAGAUGUCUGUACAACGUAUCGUAGAAGAUUCUCCUCCUAUUGAAUUACAAGCAGAAGCACAACACUCGUCCGGUGAAAUAGAAACGCCUCCGAAGUAUUUGUUGAAAUUUGACCAAAUUUAUUUAUCAAAACCUACCCAUUGGGAAAAAGAUGGAGCACCUUCUCCUAUGAUGCCCAAUGAGGCACGUCUUCGUAACUUAACCUAUUCUGCACCAUUGUAUGUAGACAUAACUAAAACAAUUGUAAAAGAAAAUGAGGAACCAAUUGAGACACAGCAUCAAAAAACAUUUAUAGGGAAAAUUCCUAUAAUGUUAAGAUCUACUUAUUGUCUACUUAGCAAUUUAACUGACAGAGAUUUAACCGAGUUAAAUGAAUGCCCACUUGAUCCCGGAGGUUAUUUUAUUAUUAAUGGAUCUGAAAAGGUCUUAAUUGCUCAGGAAAAGAUGGCUACAAAUACUGUGUAUGUGUUCAGCAUGAAGGACGGAAAGUAUGCUUAUAAAACUGAAAUUCGGUCAUGUCUUGAACACAGUUCACGACCCACAUCCACCUUAUGGGUCAACAUGAUGGCUCGGGGUGGUCAGAGCAUUAAAAAGUCUGCAAUCGGUCAAAGAAUUAUUGCCAUUGUACCAUACAUUAAGCAGGAAAUUCCUAUUAUGAUUGUGUUUAGAGCUCUCGGUUUUGUAGCUGACCGAGACAUAUUAGAGCAUAUUAUCUAUGACUUUGAUGACCCAGAAAUGAUGGAGAUGGUAAAACCGUCUCUAGAUGAGGCUUUCGUAAUUCAAGAACAAAAUGUGGCACUCAACUUCAUUGGUGCGCGUGGUGCACGACCAGGAGUGACAAAGGAGAGGCGCAUAAAGUAUGCCCGUGAAAUUUUGCAAAAAGAAAUGUUACCUCAUGUUGGUGUCUCUGAUUUUUGUGAAACAAAAAAAGCCUAUUUCCUUGGAUAUAUGGUACACAGAUUACUCCUGGCUGCUCUAGGUCGCCGUGAAUUAGAUGACAGAGAUCAUUAUGGAAAUAAAAGACUGGAUCUUGCUGGACCUCUGCUAGCUUUUCUUUUUAGGGGAUUGUUUAAGAACUUAUUGAAAGAAGUAAGAAUGUAUGCUCAAAAAUUCAUUGAUAGAGGAAAAGAUUUCAAUCUUGAAUUAGCUAUUAAGACAAAGAUUAUAACUGAUGGCUUACGUUACUCGCUGGCUACUGGUAAUUGGGGAGAUCAAAAGAAAGCUCAUCAAGCAAGAGCAGGUGUAUCCCAAGUAUUAAACAGAUUAACUUUUGCUUCUACCUUGUCCCAUUUGAGACGUGUUAAUUCACCAAUAGGUAGAGAUGGUAAAUUGGCCAAACCCCGUCAGUUACAUAACACAUUGUGGGGUAUGAUUUGUCCUGCUGAAACUCCAGAAGGUGCAGCUGUAGGUUUGGUGAAAAACUUGGCUUUGAUGGCAUAUAUUUCAGUUGGAAGCCAACCAUCUCCAAUUUUAGAGUUUUUGGAGGAGUGGUCUAUGGAAAAUUUAGAAGAAAUUGCUCCGUCAGCUAUUGCUGAUGCAACAAAAAUAUUUGUGAAUGGAUGUUGGGUUGGUAUUCACAGAGAUCCAGAACAACUUAUGGCUACAUUACGAAAACUUAGACGCCAGAUGGAUAUCAUUGUCUCUGAAGUCAGUAUGAUUCGUGAUAUAAGAGAUCGAGAAAUAAGAAUUUAUACUGAUGCAGGAAGAAUUUGCAGGCCCUUACUGAUAGUUGAAAAUGGAGCUUUACUGUUAAAGAAGAAACAUAUUGAUCAUCUUAAAGAAAGAGAUUAUAAUAAUUAUGGUUGGCAAAAUUUAGUUGCUAGUGGUGUGGUUGAAUACAUUGAUACAUUAGAAGAAGAAACCGUAAUGAUUGCUAUGAGCCCUGAUGAUUUAGCACAAGUUAAAGAGUAUGCUUACUGUUCAACAUACACACAUUGUGAAAUUCAUCCAGCUAUGAUUUUAGGUGUAUGUGCAUCUAUUAUUCCUUUCCCAGAUCACAAUCAAAGCCCAAGAAAUACAUAUCAAAGUGCUAUGGGUAAACAAGCCAUGGGUGUUUAUAUUACUAAUUUCCAUGUCAGAAUGGAUACACUGGCUCAUGUUUUAUACUAUCCACAUAAGCCUUUGGUAACCACACGGUCCAUGGAAUACUUACGUUUCCGAGAAUUGCCGGCAGGUAUUAAUUCAAUUGUUGCUAUCCUAUGUUACACGGGAUACAACCAGGAAGACAGUGUUAUUCUAAAUGCAUCUGCUGUUGAAAGAGGAUUUUUCAGAUCUGUAUUUUACCGGUCAUAUAAAGAUUCCGAAUCAAAAAGGCUAGGUGAUCAAGAGGAACAAUUUGAAAAACCUACAAGACAAACAUGUCAAGGAAUGAGAAAUGCCUUGUAUGAUAAGUUAGAUGAUGAUGGUAUAAUUGCGCCAGGAAUUCGUGUUUCAGGUGAUGAUGUUGUGAUUGGAAAAACAAUCACUCUCCCUGAAAAUGAUGAUGAGCUCGAAGGGACAACGAGACGGUACACGAAACGUGAUGCUUCGACAUUUUUGCGAAACAGUGAAACUGGAAUUGUUGAUCAAGUUAUGCUGACGCUGAACAGUGAAGGUUAUAAAUUUUGUAAAAUACGCGUUCGAUCAGUACGCAUUCCUCAAAUCGGAGAUAAGUUCGCUUCACGUCAUGGUCAAAAGGGUACCUGCGGAAUCCAAUACAGGCAAGAAGAUAUGCCAUUUACUUGCGAAGGCAUUACACCGGACAUUAUUAUUAACCCACACGCUAUCCCAUCUCGUAUGACAAUUGGUCACUUGAUUGAAUGCAUUCAGGGUAAAGUUUCGUCCAAUAAAGGAGAAAUUGGUGAUGCAACACCCUUCAAUGAUGCCGUAAAUGUACAAAAAAUAUCGUCGCUGUUACAAGAAUAUGGUUACCACCUACGUGGCAAUGAAGUUAUGUACAAUGGUCACACUGGCCGCAAAAUAAAUGCUCAAGUAUUCUUAGGGCCAACAUACUACCAGCGUCUUAAGCACAUGGUAGAUGACAAAAUUCACUCCCGAGCCCGGGGACCUGUGCAAAUUUUGGUAAGACAGCCUAUGGAGGGCAGAGCUCGCGAUGGUGGUUUACGUUUCGGAGAGAUGGAGCGCGAUUGUCAAAUAGCUCACGGCGCCGCUCAAUUUCUCAGAGAGCGGUUGUUUGAAGUGUCUGACCCAUAUCGUAUACACGUUUGUAACUUCUGUGGGUUGAUAGCCAUUGCAAACUUAAGGAAUAAUACAUUUGAAUGCAAAGGCUGUAAAAAUAAAACUCAAAUAUCCCAAGUGAGGUUGCCAUACGCUGCCAAGUUGCUUUUCCAAGAGCUCAUGUCAAUGAACAUUGCACCAAGAUUAAUGGUAGUAAACUAGAUUAUAAGACUUCAUGAUGUAUGUUUAUGAUAACAAUAACAAUAAA